AUGAGAUCAAAAGGGCGAGCAUCCCCAAGUGGAACAAGUACAUAUAGUGGUAGUAGUAUCAAUUCAAGUAUUCCAUCUUUAUCACGAUACUCUACUAUUAAUUCAGUUGAUUCUACAUUUUUUAGACGUUAUACAGAAAUGACUGCUGCUGAAAUUGAACCAUUAUUUCAAAAGUUUUUAGAAAACAUGAAUAUUAAAGGUGAAAAAGCUGAGGAAAUGAAAAAAAUGCCAAUAGAAAAAAAACAACAUAUGUUAGAACAAAAUCAAAAAAGAGAUAAUGCUGUUCCACCUAAUCAACAACCACAAUAUUUUGCCAAAUCUAUUAUAAAUGCUUUUCAGCACCAGAAUGGCGAUGAAAUUCAAGAAGUUAUUAAAAGUUUAAAAAUAUCAUUGAGUAGUUUUUCUGUUUAUUGGAUAGAUGAAUUUUGCCAAAUUGGUGGUGUAGGAUUAUUAUGUAAAAUGGCAAAUAAAUUAAUAAGUUUAUAUCAAAAUGAUGCAUUAAAUGGAGAAAAUAAAGGAUUUCAUAAUAAUGAAAAAAUGCGUCAUAAAUCAUUUGCAUUAUUUUUGGAUAUUACAGUUAAUAUAAUAAAUUGUAUUAGAAGUAUUGCUAAUACAUGGCCUGGUAUUAGAUGUUGUAUGAAAAGACAUUCUAAUGUUGCUUAUACACUACUAGAAAUUCUUCAAGCAUUAGAAAAUGAGAUUUGUCAUUUUGAUAAAAGAAGUAUGAAUGCUUUUGAAUCUUUAAAUUGUAGUGUAUUUCGUCUUCUCUCGAGUAUUGCAUUUUUUGAUAAUUCAACUGUUGAGUAUGAACCAUCAGAACAAUCUGGUUUUGAACUGAUAACAAAAGAUAUGAUAAAAUUUACACAAUCUUAUAAAACAGAACCAUUUUUAAUAAUAAUAGAAUUAAUGAAAUUUAGCGGAAAAGAAUGUUGUAUUCAAGGACUAACACUUAUUAACGUUCUUCUGUCACGUAUUCCCAAAGAUGUAGAUGGUGGAUGGAUGAUGAGAAUUAAAUAUCGUAUGAAACUUUAUUCUUGUGGAUUUUCUAAAUUAAUUCCCAUUUUACAAGAAUAUUCUGUAAAUGAUAGUAAGAUGAGUAAUUGUUUGGAUCAAUUUCUUCAAGAGCGAGAUACUGAUCAUAAUGAAUUAUGUUCUAAAUUAGAUAUUGCUUCACAAAAUUAUGAAACUAUUGAUGACACUAUUACAGCUAUUAUGGGUUAUUAUAAAAAUUCUCCUUACAGUGGAAUUUUAAACAAUGUUCUCCAUCAUUUUCUAUUUGUACCAGAUGAUAAUCAUUGUAGAAAAAGUUAUCUAGUACUUCUUGAUGGUAUCAUGUCUGAAUUAUUUAAUGAUUACUCACCUUUUGAUAACAAUUGGUUUGAAAAAACUGAUAAGGAAUUUUUCAAUAAUGUUCUCGCAACAUUAGAUGGAAAAUAUGGUGAUUCUGAUGAAUUUAUAACAAAAAAAUUAAAAAAAAUAGUUGCAGAAAAAGAGGAGGCUGAAAUUAUGCAAUCAGAAUAUUAUAAGAAAAUUGAAGAAUAUAAAAAAGAAUGUUCCUUACUGAGAGAACAUAUUAAUGAUCCAACAAAACCUUUACCUGAAGAGACAACUUGUAAUUUACAACCACCAAAAGAAAUUUUUGAAUCAAAAGUAACUUCCUCCAAUAUUCCGUUAUCACCAAAAGGACCCCCACCUUUAUCAACAAAUAAAAGUACUAUCGGUCCACCUCCACCUCCGCCACCUCCACCAUUACUUAAUUCAAAAGUAAAAGGAGGUGGACCUCCACCACCUCCAUUACCACCACCAAAUAAAUCUGGUGGACCUCCAUGUCCUCCUUUAUUAUCAGGUAAAAAAGGAAUGGGACCACCAUUAGUAAUUGGAAAUACUGGUCCAAAACUUCCUGAAUUUUUGAAGGAAAAGAAAAAGUAUAAUACAAAGAAAACCUUAAAAAAAGUACAGAUCCAAAGUUCAAUUAUAAAGCCAGUAAAUAUUAACAAAGAAUCAUUUUGGACUGAAACAGUAGAGGAUAAAUGGGAAAAAGAAAAUAUUCUAAAAUUUUUAAAUGACAAUUUUGAAUCAAAUAUGAAUAAAAGUUCUAAUAAAGAUACAAUAUAUGGAGAUAUUGGUACAUUAAAAAGAAAGGCAAAAAUUGCUAAAGUAAUAACAGAUGACAAAAUUUUACAACGUGUUUCAAUUUUUUAUGGAUCCAGUAAAAUGACAGCUCAAAAGUGGUUUGAAAUUAUAACAAGUAUUGAUGAUAAAGAGUUAAACGGUGACAUUCUAGUUGAAUUGAAAUCAGCUUUACCCCCACCUGAAAUUAUGAAUCAAUUGAAGGAGAUACCGGAGAAGGAAUAUAACUCACUUCCGGCUGGUGAAGCAUUUGUGGCAUCCCUAUCAAAAAUACCAGCUUUACCUUUAAGACUUGAUUUGCUAGCAUUUAGGGCAAAUUUUAAAUCUGUUACAGACGAAUUGAAAGGACAAGUUUCAACAAUAACAGAUUGCCUUGAUAAUAUUUAUGAAUCUAAAGGAUUUAAAGCUUGGUUAGAAUUAGUACUUUUUACUAUAAAUUAUAUGGGACAAUCAAACAAAAAUUUUGUAAAUGUAUUUGCUUAUAAAAUGAAUGCAUUAUCAAAAUUGGCAGAUACUAAAUCAAUUGAUCAAAACGAAACAUUACUACAUACAUUAAUUAAAAUUUUUGAAGCAUCAUCUUAUGGUAGCUUAAUUAAUUUUCCUAGAAAUGAUUUUAUACACCUUGCUACAGCUUCUAAAAUAUCUUAUGACGAAAUGAUGAUAAAUAUUCAGAUGUUUAAACAAAAUGUUAAAAAACUAUCUAAUUACCUUUCAAACUAUCAAACUUUUAAUGAAAAGAAAGAUAAAUUUAAACAAGUUAUGCCAACUUUUCUUGACAAAGCUACAACAACUGAAACUAUAUUAGAUAAGAUGACUUUAAAAAUGGAUUCUAAAUGGAAGAAAGUUGUUGACUAUUUUAGUUAUGAUCCUAAAACAUAUCCAAUGUCUGAAUUUUUUGAUGAUUUAUUAAAAUUUAAAGGUUUAUAUGAACAAGCGUAUAAUGAAAUUAAAGAAAAAGAAAAUCUUCAAAAAGCAGAAAAGAAGAAAGUUGUUAAUACUAAUAUAUCUACACAAAAAUCUAGGAAACUUCCAAACACCAGUGAAGAGAAAUGUUUCGUUCUCAAGACAAAUCAAAAGUCUGUAGGAAUUAUGGAUGAAAUAGAAAAUCAUCUUAAUAAUUUGGCAUCAUAUAAAGUUGUCAGAAGUCCAAGAAGACACAGAGAAAGACAUUUGUCAAAAAGUAAAGCACCUUUAUCUGAAGAAAAUACUCGAGCACGUGUAUAUAGAAAUUGUAAACAAGUUAAUAAAAAUUCAAGUGGUGAAGGUGAUGUUUUAGCUAGAAAAUUAGCUGGUGAAGCAUUAGAAAAAUUUAAAGAAGUAUCAAAUGAUUGUGAAAAAUCUUCUACAACAUUAACAAAUCAAAUCAAUGAAAAUAUUGAACCUGUGACAACCGCUAAAAAAUUAUUGUCGCGAUUAAAUGAAUUGUAA